UCCCGUCGUUCACUUCAAAGAGCCGGCUCUUAGAGCCGGAUCGUUCGCGACCGACACAUCACUACUAGUAACGCCCCUGGGCAGACUUUAGGUUUCGUUUCUGCCACAGAGUAUAUACCCUGUCCUUAAGUUCGUAGUACGGCUUCAUGUUCAGCAGCAGUUCUUCUCGCACACAGUUCAAGUCACCUAUUAACAAGAAUAGAAGACUCCACAUGCGAUAUUACUGAAGGUUCAUCCAGCACCUAUACUUCAGCCGACCAUCCGUCCACCAUGAACCCAAGCCUUACCAGGAGCCAGCAGAGAACUAUCUGCUCCCAGUUUGGAAGAGUCAAACUGCAGCUGCUGUACAAGGCCAGCAUCCACGGUUUCACUGCUGCAGCCUUCCACCAGCGAUGUGACACCCGCUCCCCCACAGUGUCUGUGGGCUAUAAUGUCUCUGGUUUUGUUUUUGGAGGCUACACCAAACAACCAUUCAGUCAAACUGGAGCCUAUGUGCAGGAUGAUCAGGCCUUUCUUUUCACACUCAGCAGAGAAAAGCUCAUCAAAUAUCCCGUCACUACCCCUGUUUAUGCCUUGUUAAUGGAUGGUAACUCUGGACCAUAUUUUGGAAAUGCACUGGUUCUUGUCCAUGGAAGCAAACCAGUGGUCCAUAGCAAGCCAGGAAAUUAUUACAACUUCAAUGCUGCAGAAAUGCAUGGCAAUGAUCUCAACCUGACUGAGUGUGAAGUCUAUCAAGUAGAGGAAUCUGCAGAACUCGAGAAGCCGUGGAGAACUGUCACCUGGGAAUCUCAGAAGAGGACCGAGCUGAUGGAGAAAAUAAGGACAAACAAACCGUUGAUCAGCUCUGUGUCCAAGGUUCGGGUCCUGCUUGUUGGGUCAGUUGGAGCUGGAAAGUCCAGCUUCUUCAACUCUAUCAACUCUGUUUUCAGAGGCCAUGUCACCGGACAGGCUAUGGCUGGAUGCUCUUCGACCAGCCUCACCACACAGUUUCGCACCUACACUUUGAAAGACGGGCGUGAAGGAAAACCACUACCAAUCAUCUUGUGUGAUACUAUGGGGUUAGAGGAAAGCUCAGGGGCGGGGCUUAACUUAGAUGACAUCGACAGUAUUGUUAAAGGCCAUCUGCCAGAUCGCUAUCAGUUCAACCCCUCUGCCCCUCUCAAUGUGGAGGCCCACGGACAUCAGGAGCAUCCUGAGCUCAAGGACAAGAUCCACUGUGUGGCCUACGUCAUUGAUGCCUGCAAGGUCUCCAUCAUGCCUUCAAAGCUGGAGGAUAAACUGGAUUCUAUCCGCAAGAAGGUCAACUUGAUGGGAAUUCCUCAGCUGGUCCUGCUCACUAAAGUGGAUGAAGCCUGCUCUUUGGUAGCAGAGGACGUGAGAAAUGUUUACAGGAGUUACUACAUCAAGGAAAUGAUGCAGGAGGCCAGUGCUCGGGUUGGUGUGCCGUUGUCCUGCGUUAUUCCAGUGAAGAACUACAGCGAGGAGCUGGAGGUGAACCUGAACUGCGACAUCCUGCUGCUAAGCGCUGUCGAACAGAUGCUUCGCUUCACUGACAACUACUUUGAUGAAAUCAGCGAUCGAUGCAACGUUAAACAUUAGAACCAAAGAGAAGAAGUGUUUGUGCAGCAGACAUACCAUCAUGGGUAACAGUGGUGAAAUGUGGUGGAAAGAGAAGCCUUUUCCUCAGGGUGGGACACUUGGGUGCUGUUAGGUUACAUGCAUAUUAAACACAGAUAAUCUACUGUCACUACUACCUAUCUGAUCUGCAAUGUUAAAGUAAUGUAAUGUUAAAAAUAUGUGGGGAUAAUUUGUACGAUCACAAAAAAUGUUGGAAUGAUUAAUUGUUGCAUCUUCUUACUUAUUUCAUGUGAUUGAGGCUACGUUCAGUCUGCAGGUUCAGACUUUAAUUUAUUUGAUCUUAAGUGGUACUAACCAGAUGUUACAUACAAAUGAGGAGCUUUCACUUCUCUUUGUGCUGGUUGUGAUUUUAUAUCACGCUUUGUCUUUCAAAGCUUGUUUAGUUUAAAUAGAUAAGCGGGGUCAGUAUUGUUGAAUUGUUUUGUUGUUUUUCCUUCUGUCAAAGGAAAUAUAACAGCUGUUUAAUACUAAUGAAAGUAGGUUGUGAAGACAGAAAGGGUAAAUGUUAUGUAUUUGUAAAUGGCCACCCCUGCCUAUGUGAGAGCCUCAGUUGGGCCACCCCGGUCAAAAAGUUCUGGACACGCCCCAGAUGUUCAUUCUGCUUGUGCUUGAUUUUUAAGUAAGUGAUAAUAUAUGGUAAACUAAAAAUAAUAACUUCAAAUCAAAACACGUUGGCAAAAAUCUUGUCAAAAGAUUAAUUCAUUGAUUUAAAGUGAUUUAUGUUUACAGUAUUUAAAAAUAGUCCCAGUGAUUCCUCGUCAGUGAUCGUUCCAUGGUGAUGGAUUCUUCUCUGCCUGUUGUGGUGGAUUAAACAUGAACCUGUCCUCAUUCAGCUCUCCUUCUUCUCUGAGCUCUGUGGUUCACACACCUUUAAAAAUAAACUAAUGUCUCAACUUUGAACCCUGCUGCUAUCAUCACCACCGCUCAUGGUUUAACUUUCUUUGUAGAGAUCGCUAACCUAAAGUUUCUCUCACCUGCUCCGCUCCUUCAUCAUACUUCUGGACAGGAUCCAAUAUGUAAACAUCCGUAGCCUGCAGAUUUAGCAUGCUAACCGAACGUUUUAGCCACAUUGUUUUGAUGCUAAUGGAAGCUAACGGUUUUACCUCCCCUUACGGUCUAUGGUGUCAACAAGAAGAAGCUAAAUGUGUCUGAUCUCUUUUCUGCGGAUUGAUUUGACAUGAGGUGUGAUCAGUUUGCCUCCGGUGUUGCUCAUGUUAGUGAAAGUUAAUAACCGUUGUCAAGGGGUUUUGACCAAUCAGAAUCAAGCAUCUUACACAGCUGGAAGAUCAGUAAGAAAGACGGGUAAUAAACGGACAAUAAAAACUUUGAUCAGAAUGUCUGAAGUGA